CUCGAAAUGAAGGGGGGCUGGGGGGAUCCGGGACCCCCCAUAAGGCAUUAGGGACCCGCUUAAGAAGUAAAAGACAGACUUUGGGGGUUCCCUCAGAUAUUUGUAUUUGAGUUAAAAUUAAAAUGACAAAUGUGAUUAAAUUCAUGCAAUGGAUAUGGUCAAUUUUGUGAAUUAAUUAUUUAAAAUCAUUUAAAUUAAGUUUGUUUCUGGGAUAGUUGUCAUGUCUCUUUAAAUUUGAAACGCCCCGCCCCACGUCUAAAGAACGCAAAGUGCAGGACAGUGGAGGAAUCCUAUUUUUCUAUGUAAGCCUGUUUUUAAUAUAAUAGUAUAUAGUUAUGCAUAUUAUAAUCAAAUAUAUUGUGUAUUUUGUAUAAAUUGUAUAUCCAAGACUAACCCCCCCAAAAAAGUCUUAUGAGGGGGAUCCCCAUAAGACUUGUUUCAAUUCGAGCACUGGUUAAAGUUGAUGUCAGUAGUUAGAGACUUCAGCAUUUAUUAUGCAGAGAAGGCUGUGCUUUAAAGAGACGGACAGCUGCACUCCACCACUCCACCCCCGUGUGCAGACGUACAUCUAGUGAAUGAGAGAGAGAGAGAGAAUGAGAGAGAUCAGGAGGAGUUGAGUCAGUCACUGCAUGAGGAGAUCACCAGCACAGCUCACUUCACUCUGGAUCAUUACUGGACUUUAAAGUCUUUGGUUUUGUGAACAAGGCUCUUUAGAUUUGAAGAUGGAACACAGGUGUGAGAUGAGGAGAGGCCGUAAACAGAUGCUCUAGAUCUGUGGCGGAUGCCCCGGAACACUCUGACCCAGAUCCUGCAAUGCCAUCCGAGCCUCUUAAGGACACCAUGACGAUCCCCGGAAGCCCAGAGCGAAUCCUGACGGAGAAAACCAACAACAACGACGUCCCUCAACCGCCGGUCACCGUUCCUCUGGUGAACGAGGUUCAGCUAACGGCAGCCACCGGCGGGGCCGAGCUGUCCUGUUACCGCUGCACCGUGCCGUUCGGCGUGGUGGUGCUGAUCGCCGGGAUCGUGGUGACGGCCGUCGCCUACAGCUUCAACUCACACGGCUCCACCAUCUCGUACUUUGGACUUGUGCUGCUCUCGGCCGGCCUGGUGCUGCUCGCCCUGAGCGCUGUUUGCUGGAAGGCUCGGAUGGAGAGGAAGAAAGAGAGGAGGAGAGAGAGUCAAACGACUCUCAUGGCGCACCAGAGGAGCAUCUUCGCUUGAGGUCCAACUUGAGACAUUUCAGUUGACAAAUCACUUGGCUGUUGUUUGCCUUGCUGUGAGGCGCCGGUAACUUUCGUGAAUGAGGCGAGCCUCAUUUCCAUUGAAAGGAAAUGCGUUGUUUGCACUUCAACUGACUUUUGCAUUACGUAAAAUGCGCAUCUGUUCACCCUGAAGCAUUUAAAACAGUCAAUCUCACGCAGGGCUUUACGCAGACGCACAGCUGCAUGCGUCCGGAUGUGAAGUCGCAGCUGGGAUGACGGCUGCACUUUCGUUGACCUUCACGACAAACUCCAGCGCCAGGCAAACUUUAAAGAGACUCUUUCAAUUUAUCCAUCUCUCUUUCUUCUGUCCAUCACGCAGACCUCUCGGUCAGCUGGGACGUGAGCCAAGAGGAACGUAUCGAAAUGAAGACGCCUGACCCCGGAGAGAGGAAGUGCUGUAUUAAUCCCCGGCUGCUUCCUGUUCUGCAGGAUUCAUGGAAAGACACGGACAGAGGCAUAAAGGAAAAGGGCGGAAAAGAGGAAAUGAAGGACAAUGAUUUUUCCUUAUUGAAAGCGUCUUUCUAACACUCGGCUACUUCACAUGUCAGUAAAUUAUAUAUGUGUAACUUUAUCGUGGAUGGACGGUACUUAUAUUACUUGUAUUAUGAUAUAUAGACACCCAAGGGCUGGAAAUCCAGACACAUUUAUUAUUUUGUUCAAUUGUAUUUGAGGGCAGACACGCGACGUGAAUGAAGUGUGAAACGCACUCGAGUUAUGAAGAUUAUUAAUCACAUAUACAGUAUAACACAACGGCUGUGCAAACAGCAAAGGAAUGAAUUGUUGAUCUAAGUGCUUAUUUUCCCUGAGAUGGUAAAAUAAAUGUCUUAAUAACAAUGCUGUCAUACAGUUUCUACCACUAUGUUUGUGAAAUCAUUUUAAGCUGCUGAACGACUAUUUUUAAUAAACUCUGAAAUGAUGAA